GGGGGUAGUCGGUGAAAGAAAAGGAGUUCCUGGAAACAGAGGAGUGAGGCGGGACGCCGCGGUUUAAACUGAGAGAUUUCUCAGAGGCUUGACUUCUCUGCUCAGUACACAGUCACACCCGCCACAAACUCUUAGAGAGACACGGCAGUCGAUCUCCUGGUGUUAUCCAUCCUGACGGGGCCAUUCAUCCUGACAUGUCACUUUGGGGAAAGCGUUUGCAACAACAUCAACAGGUAUGAGCAGUGGAUUAUCAUAUCCUGUGUAAAGCUACUUUUACCAACUGCAACCACUUACAUCAACUUUGAGAGCUCAGAGCUUCUGAUAAAUCUGCUUCAGCCAUGAGUGGACAGGGUUGUCACCUCCUGGUGUCCCCUUGCAAUGUGUCCCCAUCACUAAGCAUGAUCAGAGGACAGCAGUCGCAAUCCAUCAGGAUACCUAUGUCUUCCCCCCAACGGGCCAGUCUUAGUCCCUCCUCGGGCAUGGAGAAAGUGAAAACAGGGACAAUCCACUCCUUUGCUUCUGGGAUACAGGGUGGAAGCCAUAUUGUCCUGCCAACCCUGAGCCUCCGCAGACAGGUGUUGACCAAUGUGAAACAUUUAAACAUGCCGACUACAUCCCUACAGCAGCAAGUGCCUACUCAUCCUCCAACCACAACAGUGACAACUACCAUACAGACAGGGCUCUGCUCCUCUACCAACAGCUUCAAGGCAGGUUGCUCUGUGUAUGGGCCUACCAUGGAAGUAUUUGGUCAGCCAGCUGCUGCUAACCUGACAGUAACCAGCAGUCCCAUGACUGUUGUCAAAGGCCAACGGUUUACUGCGGGGCCUGCAGAACCACAUCCUCCAUCACAUCCACAUAGUGUGCAGAAUCCCCACACUGAUGCCAGAUCCUUACUGUCCAGAGAAUCCCUGGCAUCCACUACCCUUAGUCUGUUUGAAACACAGUCAAUGUUUAGUGGCAGACAUGAAUGGUCAUAUGGCUACCGUGUGCUUCCUCCGUUGGGUCUACCUCAGGGCUCCACCCAGGCCAGCGAGGGAGGUGAGCAGCUCAGCCUUUCCCCUGGCACAGCCAUGUCCGGCACGACCAUAUCAGGUGGCACCAGCACCUCUGCCUCUCUGCCCUCGUACCUCUUUGCAGGUGAUGUUGGAAGCCCCAGACAGUCUCGAGCUAAGAAGAGGGCUCUCUCAAUGUCGCCUUUGUCAGAUGUCAUGGGUAUUGAUUUCACCUCCAUCAUACGCACCUCACCUACCUCACUUGUGGCUUACAUCAAUGGUUCCCGCAGCUCUCCAUCCUCCCACCCCACACUCUCACCUGUCCAGUCUGACGGUUAUGGACACUUCCUGGGUGUAAGGGGUUGCUACAUCCCCGUGGCCCAUCCCUACAGUAUGCCAGGCUCGUCACAGGCUCUGGCACCAGAGACAGAAUGUGGCCGCAUGCAGAUGCUUGAAGAGGGAGGUGGUCUGGCAAGCCAGAUGGCUAACAUGGUGGUGGAGCAGCAAUGCCUCCCAGAGGAAGGAGGGGCACUGGAGACGACUUCAGAGAGCUGCAGCCAAACCACCAACAACCUGCUGCCACAUCUACAGUUACAGCCAGCCAUGUUGACUACUGUCCCAGAAGUUGCUACUCCACAGGGGCCACCACCACCCUACCACUCACACCAGCACAUCCACCUCACUAGACGACACUGCAAAAUAAACCCCCUUUCUCAGGACCCUCUCGCACAGGCUCCCAUGGUUCCUCCCAGGCAUGGGGUGAGCUUUUUACCCCAGGUCCCAAUGCUGGAGGAAGAAGAAGGAGAGCUGGAUGACUAUGGGGCCCACUGCUGCAGGUGGCUGAACUGCAGUGCAGUCUAUGAGCAAAAGGAGGAGCUGGUAAAGCACAUAGAAAAGCUACAUGUGGACCAGCGCAAGGCUGAGGAUUUCACAUGCUACUGGGUGGGCUGUCCACGCAACUUCAAGCCCUUCAAUGCCCGAUACAAGCUUCUUAUCCACAUGAGGAUCCAUUCAGGAGAGAAACCCAACAAGUGCACGUUCGAGGGCUGCAAGAAGGCUUUCUCUCGGCUAGAAAAUCUGAAGAUCCACCUGCGUAGCCACACGGGGGAGAAACCCUACCUGUGUCAGCACCCAGGAUGUCACAAGGCCUUCAGCAACUCAAGUGACAGAGCUAAACACCAGCGUACACACCUGGAAACAAAGCCAUAUACGUGCCAGGUGCCUGGCUGCGCAAAGCGUUACACUGAUCCCAGCUCCUUGAGGAAACAUGUGAAAUCCCACUCUACUAAAGAACGACAGUUACGGAAGAAGAUGAAAUCCACUGCUGGUGUGACCCAGGACACUCUGACAGACUGUUUAACCAUCCAUCCUCUGCAACUAAGCCUUUCUCCUCUGGCAAGGAAAGACAACAACUUGAAAAACCCUUGUGCAUCUCAUGAGUCAUACUCUGCUGCUCCACAGGGACAAGACUCCUCCAGCAGUCCUCACCUGGCUCUGUUGUGCUCCUUACAAGAUGACUACAGGUUUGUUGAUCCUUCCCCUCACCAGCUCUUCCUCGGGGACCAGCAUGGGCCUUGCUCCUCCUCCUGCCUCCCACAUCCUCCCAAUGGGACGUCCCUGCAGAACAACCGAGAUCUGAAGCAGCCACGCCAGCCUCCUGAUCUAGCAGACCACACUCCAGAGCUCUCAGGGCAGAUGAAGAUGCUAUAUUCUCCUCCACAAUAUGGUGGGAUCACAGCACAGACCAGAUCGAGUCACCUGAUGCAAGAUGAUGCCUUUGGUGACAGCCUCCCUCCAACAGUCAAUAAUCCCAAUGGGGUGACCACCUUACAAACAGCUCUUUCCCGCAUUACAGGGUAUGAUGUCCACAGCCAAGCACAGAAUAUGACUCCUAAUCAAGAAUUGCAUGAAGGGGAUUUCUUCAGCAUGGUGGACCAAUGCACAAGCCAGGUCUCCAGCAUCUACACAGAGAAAUGAUAUUUUCUCAAUUGCGGCUUUUGUUCCUUUGCGCUGUUUUACGUCACCGCUCCAUUUAAGUCGAAUGGUCAUUAUAGCAAGAACACCUUUGAUGGCAAUGCAACCUGGCAGCAGUUUCAUUUAGCCAAAUAAAAGGACAUUUGAUUAUAAAACAAUCUAAAAUGCUUCUCCCUUUGUUAGAUAACAUUGAAUGUAUCAAUUCUUACAUUCUCAGUUUUGCUCUCUCUUUCGCUCUCUCUUCAGCCAAAUCUCUACAAAUGUACUAUUUGACUGAACGUUCUGGCUUCUGCCUCCACAAUCAAUGUAUUAAUGAAUGAGCCUACAGAUUUCAAUGUUUACUUUCUUAGUUUUUACGCAGCUUGUGUAUAACAUGUAGUAAGCAGUUCAAGUAGUUUCUGGUGACAUUGUGCGCAAUAUUCAACACUGCAAUCAAAGCAAAGUAUGCAAUGGAUAAUUUAUUAAGGUUUUUCUUAGAACCACGGCUUUGUAACUAUAGUAACAAGACAACCUUACCCUUUCAUUGUAAUGUUCAUAGACAUAAAAUGUUUUUGGAAUAUAGUAAUCUGAUAUAAGUGCUCCUGUGCCUAUCAUGAGGCAGAUUCAUAUUGGUGACCAUACCAGUGAUUUUAAAUGUUUUAGUUUAUUUACUGCAAAUGACUUACACUUCACAUUGCACUUGACCCUUUUUGAAAGCAUUGUACAGUGCUGUACAUUUUUUAACCUGUUUUCCUAGAGCCAUUCUGAGCCAGCUGACUUACCAUGGAACCAUAACACAAAAGCAAAUUUGAAGUCUGCAAUUUUUUUUGUUGUUGUUGUGUAGUAAAAUUACCAUGGGGAUAGAAAGCUGAGAAAAAUGAUCAGCAGCAAUGUAAAGUAAACCUGAUUUGUAGUAAAUGGGCUAAAAUGUACAAAAAUGCUGCUGUGAUAAUGUUACUUUUGAAAAUGGAAUGGAAGAAAAAGAAGUAAAUCAUUUGUGCUCUUGUUUGUCAUUUGUCAAACCCUGUGUCUCUCACUAAAAUUCACCAAACUCUCUUGUG